GAGUGCGGUCUGUUAUCGCUGUAAGAAUUGUUUUAUUUAGACAUCGUUUGGUGACCAAGGAGAUGUGUUGAAGAAAUUGUACUCUUCCUUCUUCCCCCGAUUGACUCUAAAAGCUGUGCCACUUGCUUAUUUCGCCGUCCUGUUACUUUCGAGAGCUCUGAUGAAGGAGACUUAAUGCGGAUGCGUUUAGCAGCCGCCAUUCCCAGCUUUCUAUCGCUCACGACAUCCGACGAAAUAAGAUACCAUAACGUGCAGUUGCUUAACAACCAGACUUUUGACAUUUACUAAAGAACGACAUGUGCCGAUCGUUCGAGUUAGAGGGCUCCAGCUUCAUAGAGGUCGGGGGAAGGAUGCCUGGAGGUACGCAUCAGGGAGCCAGGGACUCGAAAAGCCGUGUAUUCUCCGUCGCUCUGGAUGACUGCUCACACUCCCGGGAUGGUUGUGAGACAGGCAUCUUACCCAAAUCACCGAACACAGCACCAAAACGCAUCCGAUGUCCUUUGAAAAUUUUGCUUACAGCAUUACUAGGGAUUUGCUGCACAUUCGUAACAUACUUGUGCCUGCCUGAAGACUGCUCCAGAGAGGCCUACCGACAUGACGGACAUGCUGGCCGACUUAUCCACCGUAGCCGCCAUUUGCACAAGCGCAAUGCUGGCCCCUUGUUAGAAUCUCCCAUGGAGGACACUGCGGUGAAUGGCCGUCUUCUUCAGUACUGUAACUUUGGUCACUCAGGUGAAGAAGGUCAAGGAAUCUCAGAAAACUAUGAUCUGGUACAAGUUCAUUUACUGCUGAGUCCAGGUCAGAGGUCAUUGAUAUCCACAUCCUCAGGCCUUCCAGUUCCCCGCCAUAGCUGUCGCCUUGACAACAAAGCAAAGCAUUUUCCAGAGGUUUGGAAUUUUAUGCAGGAAUCCAUCUCCUACAAGAAAACUCAACACAACAGAGGUGGUUUUAAGCUUUAUGAUUUGUAUCCAUGGGGAGCAACGUGUCAACCAGGCCAGCUGCUCCCAGAUGGAAUUCAUCAACUUGUUCUUUUAGGAAAAUUUUUGAAGAACGCUUACAGAGAAAAGUUUCAGGAGAUGGGAAGAAACUCUGUGGAUGUUCAUGCUUUAAGUGCUCCAGAUGAAGUCCACUACCAGACUGCAAUGGCUUUCUCUCAAGGAUUUCUAGAGACAAAUGAUUUCAAGAAGCUUAUAGUACAGAAAGCUUUGGAAAAUUUUUGUCUAAGAGAAGGUAACCAGAGCUGUAGAUGCCAGUAUACAGAGGUUUUAAAGGAACCUGUGGACAGAGCGGUAAAACAGGGACAUUUUAUGUUCAAACCUGGCCAUUCCUCAACCAAUCAAUUGGCUGAAAAAAUAAGCUGUGAUCAGCACUGUGGAUCUGUUGUAGAAAUCUCACAAAAUCUCCUGUUGCGAGCAUGCCAGGGUAUGAAGUUUUUUUGUAAUGCAGGUGCCGACUGUCUUACGCCUUCACUCAUAGCUACAUUGAUCGAGGAAAAUGAUUCUUAUUGGCAAAACCUUUCAAGGGAUACUGUGUUUCGUUCAUAUGCAAAACUCCAUAGCUACCCAUUCCUGAAGAGAAUUGUCAACUUUGUCGAGGAAGCAUCGAGGACUGGAUCACAUACAAACAGCAUGUAUUUAUACUCUAGUGAGCAUGACUUCUCCACACAAGUGCUGUCUGCUCUUGGUUUCAAAGUCAGCAGGGCUCCUUCGUAUGCCAAUCGUCUUGCCUUUGAGAUUUGGGUGCAAAAAAGUCGUCUGGGUGAAAGGAAGCACUUAAUCAGAGUGUUGCAUGAUGGGAUAGAUGUGACGCCAAGUCUGCCAUUUUGCAGAAACCGUCUAGUUGAUGGUCUUUGCAAAGUAAAGUUUCUUAUUGACUACCUUAAGGGUGAGAUAUUGUCACAUCAGACAAGUUAUGGAGAAGCUUGUAAGUCCUAAUUAUUAUUUCCAACAUCACCACAACCUGGAUUCGACAGAAACAUCAUAUGAUAUUGAUGGACCAUGAUGGCUUGAUUACUCCACCAUGAUGGCUUGAUGACUCCACCAUGAUGGCUUGACUCCACCAUGAUGGCUUGAUGACUUCACCAUGAUGCUGUGAUGAUUCCACCAUGAUGCUGUGGUGAUUCCAUGAUGGCUUGAAGACUCCACCAUGAUGGCUUGAUGACUCCACCAUGAUGGCUUGAUGACUCCAUGGUGGCUUGUUGACUCCACCAUGUUGGCUUGUUGACUUCACCGUGAUGGCGAUGCUUUGGUGACUCCACGAUGAUGCUUUGACAACUCCAUUAUGUUGGCGUGACAACUCCAUGGUGCUGUGAUGAUUCUAAUAUGAUGGCUUGAUGUUUUUGCGGUAAUGCUGUGAUAACUCGAUCAUAAUGCAGUGAAAACACUGGCCACCCCAGGGUGAUGUUUUACAAAGCUAGCGUAAUUUGCGCCUCAAUCAACAUCCAAGACAACACAUAUUACAGAUAUGCAUGUACAUCACUGUGAUGCAAACUUACAACAGCUUUGUAAAACCUGCCCAAGGAGUGUACAUGUGUUUGUGCAGGUCUGCGUAUAUAGGGCUGGUAUGACUAGUAUGGGAUUCAGCAUUAAGUAUGCUGUACAGCAGCUCUGUGGACAGCAGUUCUCUCUACAGUAGUUCUCUGUACAGCAGUUUUGCUGAAGUUGUAGUGACAGGAAAAUUCUUGACAACUUCUCCCUAAUACAACUUCAAUCCUUUGACCUGAUAAAUUUAACUGUGCUCUCUGGUAGGUGAUGCAAUUUGACCUCUCUGUGGAUGCUGUUUUUAAAGAUCUGCUAUCUAACCCUGGGGAAAGUGUCUCUGCUGUUUGUUUGAUAUUUUUUGAUUAGCCAUCUUUCCGUUUUGUAUGAAAGCUGUUUCGUCACCUUGAACUUAAAAUAAUAGUAGAAUGGUGUGCAGCUGUGCAUUUGCCAUUUAUAGCAAAUUUUUUUCGCAAGGUUCACUUUUUUGAUUACGUUGAACAAAUUCAUCGUGUAGUGUUACAUGUUACACAACAGUGAACUGAACAGAGGCCUCUUAGACUAUGCCUUCACACUGAACUACUUUCAGCAAUCAUAUAGACCUGAAGUUCCAUGACUAUUGCAGCAUCUUUGCAUCUUAUUACAUCUUCUGGGCUCUCUACUGUGCUCACAGCCACAAUCUGACAGAAAACACAGCGUCAGGUAGCUGUUAGGAAUUUUGCUGAUUCAUUGUACACAAAAAUGUAAACAGUGUGAACAAUUGCUGGAGUAUAAAUUUACCCAGUGCCCUUUCUGCACUCUGUCAUUAUCUGCUGUACAGUUGACCUUCUUAUGAUUUACAUUUUUUUGGUAAGUAAGACAGUUUGUGGCAAAAGAGUAAAGGCAACAAAACUAUGUGUAGGAAAGUACAUUUGACAUAUUCACAUAUAGGGCAGCAAUAUAAAAAAGUAUUUUUGAUAAAGUUCAUAGAGAUCACUUCUAAUUUAAAUUCUGAAGAGAAUUUAAUGAAGGAGAGUGUGAAAUGAAGACACUGUUAUUUUCUGAAGCCUUCUUGUGUUGGGGGUAGACCUUUGAAAUUUUAAUUCUUUGUAUACAUUUGGUCUGCAAGUAGACCUGUGAAAUUUGAAUUCCUGGUGUACAUUUGGUCUACAUGUAGACCUUUGAAAUUUGAAUGCCGUGUGUAGAUUUGGUGUACAAGUAC